AGGUUACAAAUUCCAGAAAUAGAUUUCUAUCAAUAAGCUAAUAGUAGCUCAACGAAAAAAUGAGUGGCUACACGUAUCCUCCCAUCACGAUGGAUCAGCAGCCACGUCUAGUGAUCCAACACAAGGCGUCGUGGCUGGAUCCCUCCGUGUAUAUCUACAAGAUACUCAUCCCCUGCCUCAUCUGGCUGCCUCAACAGUUGGCGGAAAUUUUCAGCGCCAGGACGUUCAAAAAACUCAUGUCAGUCGUUGGGCUGUCGUCACCAAGCAAGAGCGUCAGAGACAAACCUGACGACUGCUCGGGCUUCACUGCGGAGAAAAUCAGCGAGAGUCUGGAGUUGAUACAAGCCAAGAAGGUAUUCAACAGAUUUAGGAUGAGUUGAUACAAGCAAAAAAGGUAUUCAACAGAUUCAAAAUGAGUUGAUACAAGCCAAGAAGGUAUUCAACAGAUUUGGGAUGUGUUUAUACAAGCCAAGAAGGUAUUCAACAGAUUUAGCAUGUAUU